GACAGACCCGUCUGAAAGGUAUACAAAAUCAAACCAAAUAGAGACACCUUUCCGCAAGUUCAGUCUCACAGUUCUUUCUUGAUGAAAUUUCUUCACUCUUGUGACUGUCACUGACCUCUUCAUAACCCACUCUAACGUUUUCCAAUUUCAAAAUCCCAAAGGUGAAACUAUAGAAAAAAUUUGGACUUGUGAAAAUCAGAUUCAAACAUGGCUGAAUCAGAAGUGUGUCCUACUGUGGAUGCAAUUAGGGCAUUUCUUGAACACUUGGUUGAUCCUAUGCUGGAAGAAAAACCUUGUAUUUCAGAUGAUCCUUCACUAUCUCUACAGCAGAAAGUUGCAAAACAGGUGCAUUCUGUUGUGUUACUAUACAACUAUUACCACAGAAAACAGAAUCCAGAGCUAGAAUUUGUGGCAUUUAAGGAAUUUUGCAAGUUGAUUGUGGAUCUGAGACCAGCUUUGUUACCAUAUAUGAAAUUCACGCAGCAGCCUGUUGAAGCUGACCUUGUUGAUGUGGAGCAGCAAAUGUCAUUAACAGAAAAAUCGAUCAUGAGUUCCUAUGAUAUAUGUACACUUUUAGACGCGUCAAAAAAAGUUCCUAAUAUAGAGGGAUGGCCCAUUUCUAAAGUUGCCGUCCUUUUGGUCGAUAGUAAGAAGGAGAACUGCUUCUUGCUUUCUCGUUCCAUCACUGAUGGAGCAUGGUCAUUGAUUGAAAAAGAUGUGGAUGCCUCCAAUCAAAUUUCUGAAGCUACAAGUGAAAUCAAAACAUACAAAAAGAGAAGAGUCAUUAAGAAGCCUUCAAAUGACGGAUUAAAUGAAGGUCAAAUUUUGCGAGUUGGAUAUUCUGUUGCUAAGGAAGCCGCUGGUGUCAAUACUAUUGAUAUUUUUCUUUUGAAAAGUUACACCGUGUAUUCCCAUAGUAAAGAGAAGACAGCUUCACGCUUUUAUAUAAUGAAGUGCUCACAGCCAAUUAAUGAGGGGUUUAUUCAAAUUCCUAUCAAAGAUUUAGUUGAAAGAUUCCAAGGUCCUUUGGUCAAAAGAAGUUCUAGCAGUUGGAAGGUCACCCCAGUUGUUGAGUGCUUCCACGUGCUUCCUUAUUCUGAAAUAAUCUCAGAUUGGAUAUCUAGAGAAACAUUCUCAAAUAGUUUGCAAGAUUCAAAGCUGGAAGAGAAACAAUUCCCGAAGCUUGAAGUGACAGAAUUGCAUGUAAGUAGAGACGGCACGUCUAUUGCUCUUGAUAACAAGCCAUGCAGUGAUACUAUCGUAGCUCUUAAUCAGAAAGAGAACAAUGGUUGCAGUACAAUUAUACUGCGUGGUUCUAUCAAGGAAGACCAGGAUAUGGAUGCAGACAACUCUUCAGUUUUUCUGUCUAAAGAUAAAGAAGAAUGCCAGAAGCAUAUUGCUGAAUCACUUGUAAGUAGUGAUGCCACGUCUAAUGGUCUUGAUAACAAGCCAUGCAGUGAUGAUACUAUUGUAGCUCUUAAUCAGGAAAAGAACAAUGCUUGCGGUACAAUUAUAAAGUUUGGUUCUAUCAAGGAAGACCGGGAUAUGGAUGCAGACAACUCUUUUGUUUUUCCGUCCAAAGAUAAAGAAGAAUGCCAGAAGCAUAUUGGCGAAUCGAAUGUAAGUAAUGAUGACAUGUCUAUUGGUCUUGAUAACAAGCCAUGCAGUGAUACUAUUGUAGCUCUUAAUCAGAAGGAGAACAAUGAUUGCAGAACAAUUAUAAGGUGUGGUUCUAUCAAGGAAGACACGGAUAUGGAUGCUGGCAUCUCUUUAGUUUUAACGUUUGAAGAUAAAGAAGAAUGCCAAAAACAUAUUGCCGAAUCGCAUGUAAGUAAUGAUGGCAAGUCUGUUGGUCUUGAUAACAAGCCAUGCAGUGAUACUAUUGUAGCUCUUAAUCAGAAGGAGAACAAUGAUUGCGGUACAAUUAUAAGGUGUGGUUCUAUCAAGGAAGACCAGAAUAUGGAUGCAGGCAACUCUUUCGUUUUUCCGUCUGAAGAUAAAGAAGAAUGCCAGAAGCUUAUUGCCGAAUCGCAUGUAAGUAAUGAUGGCAUGUCUAUUGGACUUGAUAACAAGCCAUGCGGUGAUACUGUUGUAGCUCUUAAUCAGAAAGAGAACAAUGAUUGCGGUACAAUUAUAAGGUGUGGUUCUAUCAAGGAAGACCAGGAUAUGGAUGCAGGCAACUCUUUAGUUUUUCUGUCUGAAGAUAAAGAAGAAUGCCAGAAGCAUAUUGCCGAAUCGCAUGUAAGUAGUGAUGGCAUGUCUAUUGGUCUUGAUAACAAGCCAUGCAGUGAUGAUACUAUUGUAGCUCUUAAUCAGGAAGAGAACAAUGCUUGCGGUACAAUUAUAAGGUGUGGUUCUAUCAAGGAAGAUCGGGAUAUGGGUGCAGACAACUCUUUAGAUUUUGCAUCUAAAAAUAAAGAAGAAUGCCAGAAGCAUAUUGCCCAAUCGAAUGUAACUAAUGAUGGCAUGUCUAUUGGUCUUGCUAACCAGCCAUGUAGUGAUACUAUUGUAGCUCUUAAUCAGAAAGAGAACAAUGAUUGUGGUACAAUUUUAAGGUGUGGUUCUAUCGAGGAAGACCAGGAUAUGGAUGCAGACAACUCUCUAGUUUUUGAAUCUAAAAAUAAAGAAUGCCAGAAGCAUAUUGCCGAAUCACUUGUAAGUAGUGAUGUCAUGUCUAAUGGACUUGAUAGCAAGCCAUGCAGUGAUGAUACUAUUGUAGCUCUUAAUCAGGUAGAGAACAAUGCUUGCGGUACAAUUAUACAGUGUGUUUCUAUCAAGGAAGACCAGGAUAUGGAUGUGGACAACUGUUUAGUUUUUCCAUCUAAAAAUAAAGAAGACAUCCAGAAGCAUAUUGCCGAUACUUUACAAGUUAAUGAAGAUCAAAUGAUAGAAAAUCCAACGGUGCAACUUCACUCAAAUGAAUGUACAAGACCUAGCGAGGUUGAGAAGGUUGUUUCAGCUACGAUGCAAAUUACAGAGGGUGGAAUCAAAGAUCAAUCUGCUUUUGAUAAGAUUUUAACCAAUGCCACUUUAGAAAAUGAAUCCACAGAAAACUGUACGUUGAUUGCAAAUAAUUCCAACACAGGUCUUGAGAAGGUCCCAAUUUUCAUAGCUUCGAAUGAGAAGAUGGGUUUAUCAGAUGUGUGUCCUACUGUGGAUGCAGUUAGGGCAUUCGUUGAACACUUGGUUGAUCCAGUGCUUCCAGCAAAGCCUUCUAUUCGUGAUGAUCCUCCACUAUCUCAACAGCUCAAACUUGCAAAACAGGUGCAUUCUGUUGUGUUGCUGUACAACUAUUACCACAGAAUACAACAUCCAGAGCUAGAAUUUGUGGCAUUUAAGGACUUUUGCAAGUUGAUUGUGGAUCUGAGACCAAUGUUGUCAAGAUAUAUGAAAUUCACGCAGAAGCCUGAUGAAACUGACCUCGUUGAUAUGGAGCAGCAGCUUUCAUUAACAGAAAAAGCGAUCACUGGUUCGUGUGAUAUAUGCAUACAUUUAGAUGCUUCAAAAAAUGUUCCUAAUAUAGAGGGAUGGCCCGUUUCGAAAGUUGCCGUCCUUUUAGUUAACAGUAAGAAAGAGAACUGCUUCUUGCUUUUCUGUUCCAUCACUGAUGGGGUAUGGUCAGUGAUUGAAAAAGACGUGGAUUCUUACAAUCAAAUUUCUGAAGUUACAAAUGGAAUCAACCAUGCCUACAAAAAGAGAAGAGUCAUUAAGAAGCCUACAGAAAAUGGAUUAAAUGUUGAUGAUGAUGAAUUUGUGCAAGUUGGUUAUUCUGCUGUAAAGGAAGCUACAGGUAUCAAUAGUAUUGAUAUUAUGCUUUUGGAAAGUUACACUGUGUAUUCCCAGAGCAAAGAGAAGACAGCUUCGCGCUUUUAUAUAAUGAAGUGCUCACAGCCGACCACUGAGGGGCUUAUUCAAGUUCCUAUCAAAGAUUUAAUUGAAAGCUUCCGGGGUCCUUUGCUCAAAAAGAGUUCUAGCAGUUGGACGGUCACCUCAGUUCUCGAGUACUUCCAUGUGCUUCCUUAUUCCGAAAUAAUCUCAGAGUGGAUUUCUAGAGAAACAUUCUCUAAUAGUUUGCAAGAUUCAAAGCUGGUAGAGAAACAAUCCCCAAAGCAAGAUGUAACAGAACUGUAUGCAAGUAGUGAAGGCAUGUCUAUUGGCCUUGAUAACAAGUCAUGCCAUGAUACUAUUGAAGCUCUCAAUCAGAAAGAGAUCAAUGAUUGCGAUACAAUUACACGGUGUGGUUCUGUCAAGGAAGGCCAGGAUAUGGAUGUGGACAGCUCUUCAGUUUUUCCAUCUAAAAAUAAAGAAGAAUGCAAGCUUAGUGUCAAAACUUUACAGGUUCGUGAAGAUCAAAAGAUAGAAAAUCCAUCUGUGCAACAUCACUCAAAUGAAUGUACAAGCCCUAUCCAGGCUGAGAAGGUUGUCUCAACAAGGAAGCACAUCACUGAGGGUGGAAUCAAAGAUCAAUCUGCUUUUGAUAAGAUUUGUGCCGAUACCCCUUUUGACAAUGAAACAGUAGAAAAAUGUACCCUGAUUGCAAAUAAUUCCAACAUAGAUCUUGAGAAAAUCGGAAUUUUCAUAGCUUCAAAGGGGAAGAUACUGUCACAAACUGCUGUCAAUGCUCUUAAACGAAAGAGGAGCGCACUGGCUCUUCAGAAGCGCGUGAUAGAGGAUGAGAUUGCUGUGUGUAAUAUGAAAAUUCAGAGAUGGUUAAUUGGUGAGGAAGAUGACAUGGAUUUAAAAAUAGAUUCCAUUAUAGAAGGCUGUAAUGUAAGAAAUCAAGGACGGAUGUGUCAAUAUCUCGAGGGUCAAUGCUUACCUCCAUCUGUUAAGAGUAAAAGAUUGGCAGAGGCUGUGCUCACUUUACAAAGUCCUUGCGAGGAACUAGAUGAAAUAUGUCAUGCAAAUAAUUGGAUCGUGCCAACUUAUGGUGUAUCUCCAUCAAAUGGUGCAUUUCAAGCUAAUGUAAGUGUUAAAGGAAUGGACUUUGAGUAUUUGUGCGAUGGUAACCCUUGUUCCUUUCCUCGUGAAGCAAGAAAUUCAGCUGCUGCUCAAAUGUUGACCAAAUUAAGAAGUAUGGCAAAAUCAGCCCUGUAGUUUUUGCCCUUCUUUUGAAGCACGAAGAUGUGUUCUUGACUAACUAUAUGUACAUGAAUUGCAUGUAAGUUUUAGGCUCUUUUGCAAUUAGGGGAUUAUUGGUUUUUGCCAUAUAGGUCUAGACCGCAGAGCCAAACACACACAUACGCGUUAAAACACAGUAAUUUUUUUGUAUCACGUGUAGUGUGACUUUGAUGACUCAAAUUAAAGCAACAUGACUCAAAAUUAAAGUUACGCGAUAGUCAAUGAUGACCUAUCCUGCCCCUUUUGAUUGGGAUUAGAAUUUUAUGUUUCUUUUGGCUGUUAACCCCUCAGUUCUCAGGGAACGGAGUUAUGAUAAUCUAGAGUUCGGUUGUGGUCAGUAAUGUCUGACCAAUAAUUGUUUCUCUUAGGAAUCGAAUUUGAAUUCUCCCGAACGAUUGUGCUUGUGGAAAUGGCAUGCGUCAUACAUGUCAAAUAUUUCAUAUAGUAGAAACAAAUGCAUGUGAAUAUGUAAUGUGACUGAUUAACAACUAAAUUUUAGGCCUA